GGGCCGCUGUCCGCCGCGGAGGGGCGGGCUGGCGGGCGGCGCUCCCCGCCCGGCCCCCGGCCAGCCCCCGGCGCGCCGCCGCCCGGGCCGCGGUAUUUAUGCCAGCGGCGCGGGCCGCGAGCCGAGCCCAGCGGACGCCGUCGCGGGGAGGUCGUGCGCUGAGAGCCGCAGCGCCGGAGCGACGAGCGGGGGCCAGGUUUAUAGGAGCGGAAACCACCCCCGUCCUCCCGGAGCGGGCGCCCGGAGCAUCAUGAAUGUCAGUGACCUCAGACUCAGGCUGUCCCAGGCGGGGCAGGAGCACCUGCUGCAGUUCUGGGACGAGCUGGACGAGGCCCAGCGGGCGGAGCUCUACGCGGAGCUCCAGGCCAUGGACUUUGAGGAGCUGAACGUCUUCUUCCAGAAGGCCACGGAAGGGUUCAGCCAGGCCUCUCGGCUGGAGAAGGUGGACGCGCGGAUGGAGCCUGUGCCCCGGGAGGUGCUGGGCAGCGCGACGCGGGACCAGGAGCAGCUCCAGGCCUGGGAGAACGAAGGGCUCUUCCAGAUCUCCCAGAGCAAGGUGGCCGUCCUCCUGCUGGCCGGCGGGCAGGGCACCCGGCUGGGCGUGGCCUACCCCAAGGGCAUGUACGACGUGGGCCUGCCGUCCCGCAAGACCCUGUUCCAGAUCCAGGCGGAGCGCAUCCUGAAGCUGCAGCAGCUGGCCGAGAGGCGCUGGGGCCGCCCGUGCACCAUCCCCUGGUACAUCAUGACGAGCGGCCGGACGAUGGAGUCCACCCGGGAGUUCUUCGCCAGGCACAGGCACUUCGGCCUGAGGGCGGGGGACGUCGUCUUUUUCCAGCAGGGGCUGGGUGGCAGCGACGACCUGGGAGAAGGCGGAGAAUUCCACAUGGAGACGCUGCCUCCCCAGGGCCAGCAGGGGGCACAACCAGGAUCCCUGCUGACCCGAGAGCCUCCUCUGUCCAUGUCCACUGGGGAGUCUUCUAACCUUGGAUCCAACACGGAAAUCACCCAUGAAACAUGGAACAGUAAUCCAGGUGCGCCCCCCAUCAUCAUCCUGUGA